CGGGGACUUAUUGUGUUUUCUCGUUGGAGCCGAGACCGUCGAGCUGUGAAAGGGCAAGGAGAGGGACCAAUCCAGGCUAGGGCGUAAUUUUUAUAUUUUUCUUGAAAGUUUAGCAUUACUAAGCCAACACAAUGGCCGAUAAAAUGGAUAUGUCUUUAGACGACAUUAUCAAGCAGAACAGGCAGCAGAAAGGUGGAGGCCGCGGUGGAAGAGGCCGAGGCCGCGGAGGUGCAGGCGGCCGAGGUGGAGGUCCUGGGCGCCUUGGAGGAGGAGGCGGCGGCGGAUUCGGAGGCCGAGGUGGUGGAUCCGGCCCCAUGAGGAACCGACAGAACCUGAGCCGCGCCAGAGGCAGACCAACGCCGUACAGCAGGCCUAAACAGCUUCCAGAUAAGUGGCAGCACGACAUGUUUGACAAUGGCUUCAGCGGCUUCAAUGGUGCUGCUGGGGGCGGCGGAGGAGCCGGCAUGGAAACUGGAGGGAAGCUCCUCGUCUCCAAUCUCGACUUUGGGGUCUCAGACGCAGAUAUUCAGGAAUUGUUUGCCGAAUUUGGGACCCUGAAAAAGGCUGCAGUUCACUAUGACAGAUCAGGAAGGAGCCUAGGAACGGCAGAUGUCCACUUUGAAAGAAGGGCGGACGCACUCAAGGCCAUGAAACAGUACAACGGCAUCCCUCUUGAUGGGCGGCCAAUGAACAUCCAGCUCGUCACAUCACAGAUCGACACACAGAGGCGACCUAUGCAGGGCCUGAGCAGAGGAGGCGGAGGCAUGAACAGAAAUCGCGGGGGCAGCUUCGGAGGCAUGCCGAGAGGCCGUGGAGGACGCGGCGCAGGUGGCCCUAGAGGACGGGGUCGAGGCGGCAGAGGCGGUAGCAGUAAGCAACAGUUGUCAGCAGAAGAACUCGACGCUCAGUUAGACGCCUACAAUGCAAGAAUGGACACCAGCUAAGAAAUGACGCUUCUCUGGAUUCUUGUCCCUUUCCUAUCUGCACAGAAGGGCAGUUGUUACAGAUGUGCAGAAUAUUUUACACUUGGUUGUCUUCUGAUGUGAUUGAAUUUAUUGUUCCAACCUCUUCUUUUAAAUGCUCCGAAGUGUUUUUUACCAGAUUUUUUUUUUCUCAUGAAAAAGGUUUUGGCUGUAGGUUAUUGUAAACUGGGGUUACCCAGUUUUUUCCUCUACCCUGUAGUAAAUGGAACUUGUAAUAAAACCUGCAGUGCAUAUUAACCAAA